UUGUGUUGUACUUACAAAUGCUAUAAAUUUCAAGGAAUACACUAAAACUGACCCACAACCACUAGAAGAUCACCUUGCAAUGUCUCCAAUGGCUUCCAUUCCUCAAUACCACUCUGAUUACACUUUCUGUAACGAACUCUGCGAAUUCUUCCCACCUCCUUUCGCCGCCGGCAACAUUGGCGGCGCCGCCGCAAUGUGGGCUGACCAAAACUUACCCUUAUUCUUCGACAAUGGAGCAUCAGUAGUACUUGAUGACGUGGUGCCACCGGAACAGGACGUCACGUCAUCGUCGUUUUCGACUAGGACACCGUUUCCGGAGCGAUUUGGGGUGUCGGACAUGGCGGUGCCUGUGUCGCCGGAGUUCAAUAUGGGUUUACGUGACAUUGCCGGAACUCAGAGUGCUCUUGAUUUAGCUGGUUUCAACCACCAAGAUGUUUGCGAGUUGGGUGAGAAAUGCAAUGGGUUUGUGCAUGAUUUUCGGACAGUUUAUCCCUCUAAUUCCAAUGAUAAUUGGGGUUUUCAAGUUAAUCAAGCUCCAGCUAUGGAAGAACCCAGUAUGCCGGUUGGAAGGUACUCGGUAGAAGAAAGGAAGGACAGAAUUCUCAGAUAUCUCAAGAAGAGAAAUCAAAGGAACUUCAACAAAACUAUCAAGUAUGCAUGUCGCAAGACCUUAGCUGACAAGAGGGUUCGAGUUCGCGGAAGAUUCGCCAAAAACAAUGAGCUGCUAUGCGAAUCAGAAUUACCAGUAACUAACAACAACAACACUUCUCACCAAGACACUGAAUUUUACCACGAUGAAACUAUUAAGAUCAAACAUGACGAGGAGGAUUGGCUACAAGAGGCUAUGGCGAGUCUCAUGUAUUUACCAUAUAUUUCUGGGUGAUUGUUACUAUGUAUAAUUAAUUACAAUGGUCUCAUUCACCUAUGGAAGACUGUAGAAGUUUCAAUAUUAUGUACAACCUCAUGUAUUAUUAAUGAAGAUCUUCUUAUUUGGUUUCGGACAACAUACUAUCGACUACUG